UUGUCAUAUCCACCAGCUUCCUUCUUCUUGGCUUGUGUGCGGAAAUCACCUGGAGUCAUGAGGUUCUUGGCACUACUUCUCCUGACAGCAUUCGUUGCAGGAAAGGAGAAAACGUCAUCUGAGAUCGAACCUGUCGUUGGUUAUUUCGGAGUUGACCCUGGACUCAAAACUGGCCACGGUGCAGAGUUGAAAAAGGACCAAGAAGAGAAUGAUUACAACGCACAAGGAACUAACAGUAACAACGGAUACAGUCCACUUCUUGGAGGCGGUUAUGGCGGCGGACUGGGUCAAGGAGUACCUCUUGGCGGAGGCCUUGGGGGAUUAGGACCCGUCGGAGGACUCGGAGGAGUAGGGCCUCUUGGUAUCGGUCAAGGACUUGGAGGAUUGGGAGGUCUAGGAAGAGGAUAUGGUGGAUUAAACCAGGGAGCUGGUCUUGGAGGACUUGGUGGCCUAGGGUCUGGAGCAGGACUUAAUGGAUUGGGAGGAUUAGGUUAUGGAAAUGGUCUAGGUGAUUUAGGGUAUGGACAAGGACUCGGUGGAUUAGGAGGUCAGGGAGGUCUUGGAGCAGGACUCGGUGGAUUAGGAGGUCAGGGAGGUCUUGGAGCAGGACUCGGUGGACUCGGACCUGUAGCAGGUCUUGGUGGGGCUGGCUAUGGUAAUGGUCUUCAAGGUCUUGGAGGGGCUGGUUAUGGAAAUGGUCUCCAAGGUCUAGGUGGAAAUGGUCUCCAAGGUCUAGGUGGAAAUGGUCUUCAAGGUCUUGGCGGAGCUGAUUAUGGAAACGGUCUUCAAGGAUUAGGUGGAAAUGGUCUUCAAGGUCUUGGCGGAGCUGGUUAUGGAAAUGGUCUUCAAGGAUUAGGUGGAAAUGGUCUUCAAGGAUUAGGUGGAAAUGGUCUUCAAGGUCUAGGUGGUCUCGGUUAUGGAAAUGGUCUUCAAGGUCUAGGUGGAAAUGGUCUUCAAGGUCUGGGUGGGCUUGGUUAUGGAAAUGGUCUUCAAGGUCUAGGUGGAAAUGGUCUUCAAGGAUUAGGUGGAAAUGGUCUUCAAGGUCUGGGUGGGCUUGGUUAUGGAAAUGGUCUUCAAGGUCUAGGUGGAAAUGGUCUUCAAGGUCUAGGAGGAAAUGGUCUUCAAGGUCUGGGUGGGCUUGGUUAUGGAAACGGCCUUCAGGGAGAUCUAGGAGGAGCUGGCUAUGGCAAUGGUCUUCAGGGUGGUCUUGGUGGAGCUGGUCUUGGAAAUGGAUUGGGCAAUGUUGGCUAUGGAUCAGAUCUUGGCAGUGGCCUAGGAGGUGGACUCGGUGGUCUUGGCAAUAACAUUGCACCUGGUUACGGGGUAGGUCUAGGUAAUGGACUCGGAGGUGGCUAUGCACCAGGCUUGAUUGGCAAUGCUGGUCUUGGAGGAAGGGACCUCGCUGGAGCUGGCUACGGACAAGGUCUUGGUGCUGGGCUAGGUGGGCUUAACCAAGGUGAUAAUGCUUAUGCCCCGGGACUUCUAGGUGGACAAGGGGGAUAUAGGCCUGAUUCCAAUGAUGGUCAAAUUGGAGGCGGCGACGAUGGUGGAUUAGGACUUGGAUCUGGAUACGGUAAUAAUCGCUUAGGUCGCUGAGGAUAGGAAUUAUUUUGGUGCCAUCUAUAAAUGGAAGCUUUUCCAAGUGAUUUUGCUGCUCAAAUGGAUACAGAAAUUAUUAGAAUGGUAUUCAAGUAUUCAGAAAACAAGGGCGACCAGCUCUUGGCCUUAUUACACUAAAUAUAAACUCUUCAGUGUCAGGAAUAGACAUAUCAACAAUCCUCAAACGAAGAUGUACCUCAACAAGUCUGUCUGCUUGAAUAUCAUUUUUAAUUUCUUGACUCUUGUAAAAACUUAUUAGUCAACAUAAUGUUCUUAGAAAUCUAGAGAAAGUAUAUUGUAUGAUAUUAUAGCAUGAUAAAAACUUUUAAAAAAUAAAGAUAUUUUGUAUAUUGAGCAUUGAAA